UCCCCGUCGAAGAUUCUAUGCUACUGUCGGCUACCACGACCCAUAUGCUACGAGGCUCGGCUUAGCGUGCCCUAACCAAGGCACGCUAACGUCAUAGUCACAGGGGCCGGACUCUGCGUUCAGGCGAGUGUGCAGCCUAACUUUAAUCUAUAGCCUCGACUUAUACAUUCUCCUCGGCAGCUAGUAGAGCGCUACCCUCCAACAUGACGAACGUUGAUCUUCUAGGCUAAUUGUCAAUAUCUGUUGCUGAAUCACCCACUGGUGAACCCUUGUGGCUCAAAAUGUCCUGUUCGAAUGAGUAUCCACCUGGAGUGCCGAGCAAGUUCUCACCUUCCGGCGAUGUCCAGCUCUUUCCCGGCAACACUGUCGUCGCUCAUAUUCCCCCAACCUCGCCUCUUCUAGCGGUCCUGUACCAGCUCUAUGCCUCCAUUAGCCAACAGAGUACUCUGCGCACGAAGGUUGCUCUCCUGCCGCCGUCGUCAUGGCACAUGACUGUCAUUGAAGGCGUCACAAAUGCAGACUGCGACCCGGCUAAAUGGCCGCGGGGCAGAUGCGUGGCACCUGUUCAAGACUGCACAGAGGAGUUUGCAGACAAUCUUAAGGAUCUGAAUAAGUCUCCGGUCGAAGACGGGCUUAGUCCGCCGUACUGUGCGCGAGUUGUUGGGCUCCAGCCCUUGACGACUGGCAUUGCGCUGCGUCUCGAAGCGGCCAGCAAGGAUGAGGACUUGCACAUCCGCUGGCUGCGUGAACGUAUCGCCGAUGAGGCGGUGGGUUUCCGAAUGCCGGACCACGACAAAUACGAGUUCCACGUGUCCAUAGCGUACCUGCUUCCGUACCUGGGCGACGCCGAGAAAAGAGCCUUGAAUACAGUGCUGCAAGAGAUACUUGAGAGAUUCCCACAGUUCUUGGAGUUUAACUUGGACUAUGUCGAAUUCUGUUCAUUCGAGAACGUGUUUGCGUUCGACCGUGCAUCACUUGUGGCGGACAAAACAGCUGUGACUAGUCAGGAGGAAAAGUCCAAGAUCUUAGAGAACAGCCCGGCUCGUCAGAUGCGCCCGUCCGUCGACGCACAUCGCUUGAGGUGGAUUGUAAAAGAUAUCCCCAUGGACGCUCCAAUUGACCCAGAUGAUCCUGAUUGGUUUAUGGCCAUUAUGGUUAUCGAAGACGCUACCGAUAACGAUUCUUCUACCGUAUAAAUCCAAAGACGGAGAGCUACACCCAAUCCACAAAAACUCUGUGUCUAUAGUCCCUCAAAAAGAGCUCACAGUCACUCUACCGGCGCUUUACAACUACAUUGCCUAUGACGAGGAUGACCCUGAGGACUAUUCCGAUUACGAUGAAGAAACGGGUGAGCGGGCGUAUGAUGAACCAAGGUGCGAGAUUAAAGCUACUAAUGGCGAAUUUAUUACGAUUGGCGAGUAUAUUGACGCCGUAUACCCUUGGCUACAAUCCUUACGUGAACGAUACAUCGGAGAUGUACCUGUUGGUUCAAGGAUCAAUAACACGUGUUAUCAAAAGGUAAGAGGUUGUGGUAAAAUUCGUUGUUUUCUUCAAGUUCCAUGGUCGGAACUGCUCCAGCUAAAUACACCGAAUACAUCCUGUAUUCACUUCCUUUUCCUGUGUCUUCCACCUCUUUCUCCUUCCUUGGCCACUUCCAGUGACUUAACUGUUCCUUCACUUCUCUGGUAAAGUAACACACGUCCAAUGCCACAAUAGUCACAACAGUACCUCUUCCAGGAUAUUACCUCCCGGAAAACGUAGAGCUUUGGGUAAAGCCAUCGACUCUUAUCGGGAAGCUCGAGCUGAUAGUCUAUGAGCCGCCUUUGGAUUACCCGGAUGCAGAGAAAUGGGGGUGGAAUCGGCGUACAUCUCCGUUGCAGGAGAUGUGGUUGGCCAUGGCACAGACAGCGUGGGCCAUUGAAAAUUGGGAACUGUAAUUGGAUCAGACGUAUCAGCACAGCAAGUAGUUAGAGCUUUCUUCCUCACAUUUCGCGAUUUUGUCUCCG